CUUUGGCCAAUCAAAGGGCUAGAAUUUUCAAGUCACGUUGAAAACCAUGCAGAGAAAACACAGACUAAUCACUGUAAUGUUUUUCACCCGCAGCUUCAUCAAAAUCUGGACGUAACUAAACGCAAUAAUCAAGGAUUGCAAAAGAAAAGAAAAGAGAAUUUGAAGAAGCACCCAAGGCUAGUGGCAGACUAAAGUAAGACAAGGAAGACCUGAGGCAGAUAGCCCUAUUGGAAUUCAAUAUAGAUUUUAUGUAAAUAAGCUGAGACUUAGACUACCAGUAACUGAUAACUGUAGUCUUAGGGUUAGUCUAUGAAUAAAGAUCUGAUAAAAUGCUGGUGGUAAUCAUAGAAGAUCCCCCAUAACUUGAAAAGAGAUACCAUAACAUAUAGGUUAGCAUAACAAUUGAUAGAACAAAGACCUAUACAUAGCGACAAAGAACAUACAACGGUGAUAAAAACACUAUUACGACUGUAACUUAGUAAAAACAUAAUAAUAUAAAAAGCUAUAAUGGAGACCAAGACUAAGAAGCCGAAAAAUGUGCUGCAUUGGUUCAGAAAGGGCCUUAGAUUACACGACAAUCCCUCUUUGAUGGAUUCUUUGAAAGACGCAGACACCUUUCGAUGUGUUUAUAUUAUUGAUCCAUGGUUUGCAGGUUACUCUCAAGUCGGAAUUAAUAAAUGGAGGUUUCUCCUGCAGUGCUUAGAGGAUUUAGAUUUAGGGCUUAGGAAUCUCAACUCAAGACUCUUUGUUGUGAGAGGACAACCAGCAGAUGUUUUCCCAAAAUUAUUCAGGGAAUGGAAUAUUACGACACUAUCGUUUGAACAGGACCCGGAGCCAUAUGGACGAGAACGGGAUUGUGCAAUAUGUUUGAUGGCUCGUGAAGCUAUGGUGGAAGUUAUAAUACGUAUAUCUCAUACCCUAUAUGACCUAAACACAAUAAUGCACAGAAAUAAUGGAUGUCCACCAUUGACAUACAAAAAGUUCCAGAAAAUUCUAGAAACAAUUAAACCACCAGAAUAUCCCAUUGAGGCUGUCACAUUAAAACAUGUUGCUGGGGCGACGACACCUAUAGGCGCAGAUCAUGAAGACAAAUUUAGUGUGCCAACACUUGAAGAAUUAGGUUUUGACACUGAACUGCUUUAUCCUCUAGUGUGGCGAGGAGGGGAGCAAGAAGCCUUGCGAAGGUUGGAUCGCCAUUUAGAACGAAAGGCAUGGGUAGCAAGUUUUGAGAAGCCAAAGAUGGCGCCACAAUCUCUACUCGCGACGCAAACAGGUCUCACGCCAUACUUAAGGUUUGGAUGCCUAUCAGCAAGACAGUUCUAUUGGAAACUUACGGAGCUGUACAGAAAGGUGAAAAAACGGCAAGAUCCUCCACUUUCGCUUCAUGGGCAGCUACUUUGGCGGGAAUUUUUCUACACCAUAGCCACACAAAAUCCAUAUUUUGAUAGGAUGGUUGGAAACCCUAUAUGUGUACAGAUACCAUGGGAUCGGAAUCCAGAGGCCUUUGCCAAGUGGGCCGAGGGCAAGACAGGGUUUCCAUGGAUUGAUGCCAUCAUGUGUCAGUUGAGGCAAGAAGGGUGGAUUCAUCAUCUGGCACGUCAUGCAGUGGCAUGUUUCCUGACACGCGGUGACCUCUGGCUUAGCUGGGAAGAUGGAAUGAAGGUGUUUGAUGAACUGCUGUUAGAUGCAGACUGGAGUGUGAAUGCUGGCAUGUGGAUGUGGCUUUCUUGUAGCUCAUUCUUCCAGCAAUUCUUCCACUGCUAUUGUCCCGUCAACUUUGGCAAACGUGCAGAUCCAAAUGGAGACUACAUAAAGCGCUAUCUACCAAUUUUACGAGGUUAUUCCGCGCAGUAUAUAUAUGAGCCCUGGACAGCUCCAAUGCAGGUUCAAAAGGCAGCUAAAUGUAUCGUAGGACAAGACUACCCCCUCCCUAUGGUCAACCAUGUACAUAGCAGUACAAUAAACCUAAAGAGAAUGAAGCAGGUUUAUCAACAAGUCACUUAUAAAGCAAAUUGCUCUACUGCAACGUCUCAGGACACAGUUCAAGUACAGUUUAUGAAGAAAAGAGCUCAAAUGCUUCAACAGAAAGAUAUAUAUAAUGAACACCCUGACCCUAGGGCUGAACUACCCAGAGGGAGUACCAGUAAUAAACAAACAUACCAGCCAGUUUAG